CAGUCAGCUUAGAGUUUUUGGCGCCUGUACAUUACUUUCCCGGGUCCUAUGUAGAAGGAAGACUAACUACCUUUCUCCAUCUUCUACUUGGUCCUCUACGUCACUAUAACUUUUAUUUUUCAUUUUGAUUUAUUCAAUUCGAACUUAUCUCUAUGUAUUUAUUUAUAUAUGUAUAUGUUGUGUUUUCAUUUAAGAGUCCUAUUAAAUAUGCUUUCUCCGUAUAGAUCUCUUCACUCUUGAUCACCUUUCCCAACUUUUUCUUAUCAAAUCUCAACUAUAUGGCUCUGGAAAAUUGUUUCGUCUUUUUCUAAAAUGAGUUAGGAAGAGUGGACAUAACUCAUCAUAAGCUUUAGCAAUUCCUCUCUUUCAUUCACAAGGUAAUUCCAUUUAAGUUUCUCGAAGUUAUACUUAAUUGUGGUUCCAAAGUUUCAUAGCACACCAGAUAGAAAAAAUGGGGAAACAUUUACAGAGAAAUGACUCCAUUGCUGAGGGAAACUAUCCAGGCUGUUUGUGUGGCAUAAUGCAUUUUCUUGACCAUCAUCAUUGGCAAAGUGUCAAAAACUUGAUCCCACAUAAAAAGAACGGUGGUAAAAGACGCAUCAAAUACAAAGGAAAAAAGAAAAGAAUUUCGAAGAACAGUGGCUCUGAUGAAGUGUUUAUUGUUGAUUCAGCUGCAGAACCCUUUCUUGUUAAGCAACAGAUUACAGAUUCAGUUCCCGCAAGGGGAAGAUCUGGAAAAUCUCGAGUUAAACCGCAUAGAGGCUGGAUUCUGAGCUUCCCAUUGCAGUCAUGGCUGCAAAGAGCUAAUCCAGUCGAUUUAGAAUCUUCGGAAAAUUAUAUAGGUCAUACAGGUACUGGUAAGAGAAAAUCAGGCAGUGUCCCUCAGAGUAGUGGUACUGCAAAUAAUACAAGAAAGCAGGUUCUUUGUGCAGAACAUAAUAGUGAUACAGUAAAAGAUAGCCAGCUUAGUGCAGAUAUAUCCAAUCAGAAACAUCUCAAUGAAUGUGUUGACAUACUGGAGAUAUUCAAGGUUAACAAGGAAUUUUUUUUGAAGUUACUCCAGGAUCCGGAUGUUGGCAAAAACCAAUUCCAUGGCCUCAAGAAUUCCAAUAUCAAGGUCCGUUUAAACAAAUCAAGAUCAUUUCCAGUACCCAAUUCUUCACAAACAAGAAAUAUAAGGCCUAUUAGUACACUUAAGCACAAGCAAAAUGAAGUUUGGUUCUUCCUGAAUGGAGAAAAAUCAAUAGCAGGGGCUCAAGCACAACAGUUGGAAGGCUCAGAAUUUCAAAAUGAUCAAUAUACAAACGCCAUAACAGGUGAUGUUGAUAAAAUAGACAGUGUCAAUAACCAUGGAUGGAAUCAGUUGGUCUUGGACCGUUUCAGAAUUAUCAAGCAGAAAAUAAAGCAAGCACUCAAGGAAAGCAAAACAGAAAAUGGCCACACUACUGAAGCUGGUAUGCUAAGUGACAUUUUCGAAGGUAGAAAAUCUAUCAAUGGGAGAGAGAUGUCUGAAAGAUUGGAGAUAACUAUUGGCCAAGAUGGUAACAAGAUUGAUAAUUUGAAUGAUGAUCUUAGAAGGCAAAGACUUCAACGUGUGAGACGAACAACUUCUCUAAACGAAUCAUUAGAUAGAUAUACUCAGUUGUUUGAGCACACUUCUGGUAGUAAGAAAGUGCCUAAUUACAGCCACUCUAGGAGCUUAAGAGUGACAAUUGAAGAGAAAGUUCCUUCUAAUACUCGAAAAAACUGCAGAAGGAAUCUCUCCCUUCCUGAUCUCGACGACUUUUCUUCCUUUCUGAAUGGUGCAUCCCAUGACGCAUUUUUCCGUUUAGGAAUGCCAAUUAAGACUCUAAUGGCUGGUAGUCAUAGCACAAGUAAAGACAGAGACAAUCAUAGUGGACCAUAUCACUCUGAACCCUUGGAGCCUGUUCAAGAGAUUGAAUUGCAGGGAAGUGAAAGCAGUGCAAAUUUUCGAUACACAGAUAGUUUAACUGUGGAUGGAAGUCAAAAGAGAGCCUCUAUCACAGACACCAUUGUUAAGGAUGAAGACAAGUCAGCUACAGCUAGAGAAAGCAGUGAUAACCAAGAGGAAGAGAUUAGUGUGACAAUGGAUCCAAAAGAAGAGCUUUUACAUGAAAAUUAUGAAUCAGUUAUUGAAAAUCGUCUUUCUAAUUAUUUAACCAGCUCUACUGAGUUCCCCACUUCAGAAGAAAUAAAAAUCACAACCAGAGGCAGCAACUUGUCUUGUCACUUUGAGACCGAAAAUGCAGACUUCAACUACGUUCAAUUUCUACUCAAAGUGUCUGGCUUCACGAGCAACGACGAGCAUGAUUGGACAUGGCACUCGGUAGACCAACCACUAAGUCCUUCCCUUUUCAAGGAGAUGGAAGAAGAGGAGGACUGCUUUGGCCAUGAUCUCAUCAUUAGUGAACAAGAGGAACAAGAAGAAGAAGAAGCUGCAGACACUACUGGCUUCAUCAAUCGCCACAUUCUGUUUGACUUGGUGAACGAGACACUUGGAGAUAUGAUUGAGAAAUCGUAUACAUACUUCCCCGGAGGGUUUUCAUCGUUCGGGUCAUCAAUUCGUGGAACACCUAAGGGGCAACAUCUAGUGGACGAGGUUUGGGAAAGAACGAGCAGAAGUUUGAGGGUGAGGCCGGAGUUGGACCAGACACUGGACGAUGUGGUGGGUCGAGACUUGACCAAGGGAGAUGGUUGGAUGAACAUACAGUGGGAGAUGGAAACAGUGACGCUUGAACUUGAGGAUUUGAUCUUCUAUCAAUUAUUGGAUGAAAUAAUGUUUUGAUUCUUCUUCUUCUUUUCAUUUUUCUCCAUCAAAUUUUGUAAUACAGUUACAGUAUGCAUAUGUAAAUAUAUAGAUAUAUAUAUUUCUUGAUCAAACUAGGUAGGAUAAACAUAAAAUAAGCAAUUCAAUCAUCAAAUUUUAAUAAA